AUGUCAGAGGAAGAUGGGUAUCAUACGGCCAUAAAGGUACUCGAUAAAUUAUUCUAUCAACCGCACAAAACAAUCAGGGGUGUAGUAAAAGACAUUCCGGCUAAGACAGCGGAAUUGAGUGGCACAAGCGAGGACCUGAGCAAGCUUAGCAUUAAAUUGCGAAGCUGCUACACGGUUUCAACGGAAAUGGAAUGCGAAUCCGAAAUGGAUUCCAUACGCACGCUGGAGUCAUUAGUUACGCGAUUGCCUAGACGUUUACAACGUAUGUGGGCCGAAGUGGCGGAUGGGAUCGUAUCCAGUGCAGGACGGUACCAGUUUAUCGACUUUAUCGAAAUGAUAGAAGAGUCGAGGAUAUAG